AUCAAACCCAGGGUAUUGGAAGAAUAUGUUCAUUGCAAUUGUAAAUUUGAAGGAUUUGUUCAUUGCUGUUGUAUUGGAGAAAUGGAGGUUCAAGUGAAGCAUAUUGUCCUUUUGGGGUUGCUUUUGGUUUUAGGUAUCACUGGCAUUGAAAAGGUUCAUGAGGCUAGAGAAUGUGGGAGUAGUCCUGUUGAGACUGAGGCUUUGAAGCUUGCUCCAUGUGUAAUGGCAGGUCAAGAUCAGAACACUGCACCCUCUGCCAAGUGUUGCCUUCAGAUCAAGCAAAUUGGAAAGAAUCCCAGCUGCCUCUGUGCUGUUAUGCUUUCUCAGACAGCCAAGAGUGUUGGCGUGAAACCAGAAGUUGCUGUGACCAUUCCCAAGCGCUGCAACAUUGCCAACCGUCCUGUUGGUUACAAGUGUGGAGCUUACACAUUGCCUUGAUGAGGUAGGAAGGAGUGAACACCAUGCACUGUGUAUUAGGGUACGCCACUGCUAGUAGCUAAUGGUGUGGUGGUGACUGUUUGUUGUUAUGACUUAUAACAGGUGUAUCUAGCCAAUAAAAGCUUUUUGUGUUAUUAGCUGUAAUGUGAGGAUCUCUGAAUAAAAAAAGUAUGUGAUUAUGUUUGCCAUGUUCA